AUGGACCUGCCACACGAAGUUAUUCUGUCUAUUGAAAGGAUUCUGAAUGUCGAGAACGCUCCUUACUCUGAUUCACUUGACACGUUAUCAUCUCAAUUCAACCCAGUAAGGUCGUUGAACGAACUUUUCCCCGAUGAGGCAUCAUUGGCCCAACUUGAAGCAGUCCAGAUUCGGCUGGCACAGGAUGUCGAGCUUAUUCAAGCUGAAAUUGACUCGCUUCAUGCUGAAUUGCAGAGGAAUCAAGACCCUCAAAAAAUGCAACUAAUUCAAGAGAUGAUUUCCGAACUUAUGAGUCAAAUGUCGCGCAUCCGCGAACAAGCCACUGAGUCGGAGGCGGUUGUACGCAACAUAACGAAGGAUAUCCAGCUUUUGGAUCUUGCAAAGAAGAAUCUCACUAUGAGCAUGACUACGUUAAAGAGGCUGCAGAUGCUUGCAAACGCGUUGAGUCAGCUAGAAGAGCUUAUUAAGGAGAAAAAAUACGUUGAAACCUCACAAACAUUAGCUGCCAUUAAAGAGCUUUCCGCACCGUUCAAGUCUUACCUCUCGAUACCGCAGAUUGCAUUGCAAUGGGCUCGGAUACAAACCUUGCAGGGAGAACUUCGCACGAGGCUUGAUCACGACUUCGAUGCAUUCUUCCUACCGGACCCGGCCAACCCCAUAAAAGCUUCCGUAAUCUCCAAUGCGUGCCUGGUCGUUGAUGUGAUCGGUGACGAUUUUCGUGCUCAUCUCGUUGAACGGUAUUGUGCAAUCGAGCUAAAAGAAUAUCGACGCAUUUUCCGCGUGACCGACGAAGCGGGUCAACUUGAUAAUCUAACGAGGCGAUUUGCCUUCUUCAGACGAACACUGGCAACGCAUGACGCUGAACGUGCUCGGGUCUUUCCACCUGAGUGGCAGGUUGGACAGCACAUGUGUGCCAAAUUUAUAGACUUCACUCGUGAAGACCUUUCGCGGCUUCUCGAGAAAGCUGGCAACGGCUUGACAGUUUCGAUGUUGAUGCAGUCACUACAACAGGCACUCGAUUUUGAAGCCUUUGUCAGCAAGAAGUAUGCAACGCCCAUUCAAGAUGUUCUCAAGUUAUCGACGACAGCUGCUUUACGACCGAUCAACUCUCUGUCAUCAGCGUUCGAACCUUAUAUGUCCAUAUUCAUCGAUGCACAGGAUAGGGCACUUUCUGAUAUGCUCGCUCCCCACCGAGGCAAGAAAUCACGAGCAUCGCUCGAGGCUGUUCCAAGUUCGACCGACGAGGAGUCGGCGUCUCCCGCCGUCGUUUUGCCUUCAUCAACCGAAUUGUUUUAUUUCUAUGGUCAGAUACUUGAGCAAUGCUCUAAGCUCUUCGUGGGAAAGCCAUUAUUGGAUCUCGCAAAUUUGCAAAAGAAAUGGCUGAGGAUCUUUGCCGAGGAUGUGCUUCUCGCAGGUAUGAAAAAGCCGGCAUAUCAACCUCGACGUUCUUCGGACACUCGUUAUGACAUCCACGAAUUAAAAACCGCAUGCCUGCUGAUUAAUACUGCAGAAUAUUGCCAAAUUACCGCAUCAGAGCUUGAAGAACGAAUCAAGGAUAAAAUUGCAGUUGAAUUGAAAGAGAACGUAUCGUUCCAGUCAGAGAGAGAUCUUUUCAUUAGUGUUAUCUCAUCUGCUAUCCUGGUUCAGUUGCGGGAGCUAGAGACGGCCGUUGAACCCUCGUUCGAGAUCAUGACUAAAACUGCCUGGACGUCUAUUGCAAAUGUCAGUGGUCCAUCACAAUAUGUGGGGGACCUCGUCAGAUCCAUCGACCAGGUUGUUAGCGCCAUCAAUCCUCUGGUCGAGCAAAAGAAAUACCUUCGUAAUUUUUACGACAAGGCGGCCGCCCUAGUCCUCGCGCGGUUUACCCAUGCCCUUGUAAAAAGCCGACCACUCAAGGAUGUUGGGGCUGAACAGCUCCUUCUAGACUUGCAAGAGAUCCGAACAUGCCUGUUGAAGCUACCUGGAGAGAUAUCUACAACUUCGAUGUUCGGCCGAAGUGUUUCAAAGAGCACCACGCGGUUGGAGACCUUAUUGAAAGCCAUCAUCCCUCCAGAAGAUCCACCUGAAGGUUUCAUCACAAACUAUACUCUUCUCGUCGGUGACGCAUCAUUUUCCAAUUUUCAGAAGGUACUUGACCUCAAAGGAACUCCGCGCGCCGCACAAAAUAAUCUCCUUGACUCCUUUGUCACUAUCACGAGCACGAAGCCGGAACUUGAGAGCUCCUCGUUCCUUUCUUCACUUGAUAUGGACCCUCCAGCUGCGCAGUCACUCGCUAAUCUGACAAGCCCGCCGGGGAGUCGUGUGAAUCUCCCUUCUUUACUUUCUGGAUCAGGUAGUGGUUCAAGCACCGCGGAGGGUAUACUGAGCUCCCUGGCUUCGCCUCCAUUGAGCGGGCCGCCUACAGGUUCGGACGUUUCUUCAAGAGGCACGGAACAACGGCGCGAGGUAUUUUCAGAUCUGCGCCGCUUCGUGAGCUUUGGACUGCGGAGGGAUACUGCCCCACCAGCGUGA